CCAUGGUGAUCUACACAGUAAAGGCGUACACAGGGAAGGGGCUUUUAGCCGGCACCACUAGCCGUAUCUUCAUCCGGCUGCGAGGAACUGAGGCCGAGAGUGAGGAACAGAACCUAAACCGCAUUCAGGGGUUUUGGCAAGGCUCGGAGCGAGCAUUUAAGAUACACUGUAAAGCGUCCCUGGGAGAGCUCAUCGCUGUCAAGCUCUACUCCAAGCCGUUAAUGGGUCUUCUUUACAACCAGUGGUUCUGCGAUAAGAUCUCGGUCAACACGCCAGAAGGAGACGAGAUGUUGUUUCCGUGCUACUGCUGGCUGGACUGUAACGAGAGGCUCGUUUUAAGACCUGCUAAAGCUUCACUUGUGUUCCAGGACACCAACCCAAUAGCCCAAAGACAAAGGAUGAGGCAGCUAGAGGAGCAACGAAAGUUAUUUAGGUGGCGUGUGUAUGCUGAGGGCACGCCUCAAGUUAUCGAUUGCGACACUCCCCUCACUCUGCCAGCUGAAGUCCGAUUCUCUUUCACAAAGGAAACUGAGUUUUACUCCAGUGCAGGAAAGCAGUUAGCUGCUCUGAAGCUAACUGGAUUAGCUGACAGCAGAAGAUCAUGGGAAAGCAUCAGCCAACUGGACACAAUCCUUUGUGAAAACAAAAACAAAACCAUUGAAUACAUUCAGGAGCACUGGGAUGAGGACGAGUUCUUUGGCUACCAGUUUCUGAAUGGCCUCAAUCCCAUGAUGAUCCAGCUCUGCUCGACUCUGCCUGAGAAUUUCCCCGUCACAGAUGACAUGGUCAAAGAGUCCCUAAGCGGCAGCAGCUUGGAGCAGGAGAUGAAGAAAGGGAACAUCUUCCUGUCUGACUAUAAGAUGAUGGACGGGCUGGUGGGAAAUGUUGUCAGUGGCAGACAGCAGUAUCUCACGGCUCCCCUGGUCCUGCUGUACUGCAACCCUCAUGGCAUGAUGCUGCCCAUCGCCAUUCAGUUAAGGCAAAAGCCCAGCAAAGACAAUCCCAUCUUCCUCCCGACGGAUUCAAAGGCUGACUGGAAACUGGCCAAGAUCUUCGUCCGAAACGCAGAGUUUGGCACUCACGAGGUGGACUUUCACCUGCUGAGGACUCACCUGCUGGCGGAGGUGUUCACCGUGGCCACGCUGCGCAAUCUUCCCUCUCCACACCCUCUCCACAAGCUCCUCUUUCCCCAUAUCCGAUACACGCUCCAGAUCAACAUCAUGGCCCGGAAUCAGCUGAUAUCCAAGGAUGGGGCCAUUACCAUGUAUGCAGGAGUAGGUGGAGAAUCAUUGGAAAAGUUGCUGAAGCGUGCCACUGCUUCCCUAACCUACAGUGCCCUCUGUCUUCCCGAUAACAUCUCUGAGAGAGGCCUGGAGACUGUGCCACACUACUACUACAGAGAUGACGGGAUCAAACUGUGGAAUAUCAUCAACAAGUUUGCUGCAGCUUUCUUGUCACACUACUAUCAAUGUGAUGCACACGUGCAGAAGGACACAGAGCUGCAGCGUUGGAUCAGUGAGAUAUUCACCAAAGGCUUCCUGGGAAGAGAUUCCUCAGGAAUACCAUCAUCUUUUCAGACAUUGAAAGAGCUUAUCAAGUUUGUUACCAUGGUGAUCUUCACUGCAUCAGCCCAACAUGCUGCUGUAAACAGUGGACAGUUUGACUUUGGCGGCUGGAUGGCUAACUACCCCACUGCCCUCAGAAAGCCCCCUCCCAAGGAGAAAAGCAAGACCUCUGAGGACACGAUCCUGGAGACCUUACCUGAUGUGAGCACGACGGUGAAUGGGAUGGCGGUCCUAAAACUGCUGAGCAAGGACUCUGCAGACCAUUACCCUCUGGGACAUUUCCCAGAAAAUCUGUAUGAUGAAGAGGUCCCUCGCAAGCUCAUUGAAGAUUUCCAAAAGGAUCUGAGGGAGUUGUCCGAUCUCAUCGAGGAGCGGAACAAGAAGUUGGAGCUUCCCUACACCUAUCUGAGCCCCAAAAAUGUGGACAACAGUGUAGCCAUUUGAAGGGAUACAGUAGACUUUUGUAUUUCUAUUAAUAGCUUUUGUCUUUUCUAUGCUCCUUCAUAACCAUUUACUCCUCUGUCUAAAUAGUGAUACCUACCUUAAAAUACUGAAGCAUGAAAUAAUUAAACAAACCUCUAGUUGCAGGGAGCUAAAAGUUGCUUCAGCGCCUGUAACUCCCUGAUUUUUUUAAGCUAAGGUUAGAAUAUAAUAUAGGUGAAAAUAUUUUUAUACAAAGUACCCACAUUUUACAACAAAUUGCGUCAAAUACAUGGUGUGUUGUAAAAAUGAUACAAAAUAAUUAAAAAAUACAGGCCCCCCAUGAGAUGGGCUUCAAAACUAGGUUUAAUAAAAUUCUCUCUCUCUCUCUC